UGAGUAAACAUGGGUGAUUGGAGCUUCCUAGGAGAAUUCCUUGAAGAAGUCCAUAAACAUUCAACAGUAGUGGGAAAAGUCUGGUUGACUGUCCUUUUUAUCUUCCGGAUGCUUGUCCUGGGCACAGCUGCAGAAUCUUCCUGGGGAGAUGAACAGUCUGAUUUCAAAUGUGACACCCAGCAACCCGGCUGUGAGAAUGUUUGCUAUGACAAAGCUUUUCCAAUCUCCCACAUCAGGUACUGGGUCCUUCAGAUUAUCUUUGUCUCCACACCAUCCCUGUUAUACAUGGGUCAUGCAAUGCAUACUGUGCGCAUGCAGGAGAAGAGGAAACUUAAAGAGGCCAAGGAAGGAUCAAGGACAAUACAGAGCAAGUGUGACUCUUUUUCCCAGCAGGAUUAUCCAGCACCAGAGAAGAUAGAGCUGUCCUGCUGGGAUGAACCCAGUGGGAGGAUAAUUCUUCAGGGCACUUUGCUGAACACCUAUGUCUGCAGUAUUUUAAUCCGUACCACUAUGGAGAUUGCUUUCAUUGUUGGGCAAUAUAUGCUAUAUGGAAUCUUCCUGGAGACCCUCUAUGUCUGUCACCGGCAGCCCUGUCCUAAUCCAGUCAACUGUUAUAUUUCUCGGCCAACAGAAAAAAAUAUCUUUAUCAUUUUCAUGCUCGUGGUAGCAGCCUUCUCUCUCUUCCUAAGCCUGGCUGAACUAUAUCACUUAGGAUGGAAGAAAGCUAAGCACACCUUCUCUCAGAAAAUCAGCCCUACUCCAGCAAUUGGCAAACUGGAGGAAGACUCUCAAGUGAAGACAGAUGAAAGCUGCACCCCUCCUCCAGAUUUUAAUCAGUGUUUGGCCAACCCUACUGGGAAAUAUAUCAGCCCUUUCAGUAACAAAAUGGCCUCUCAGCAAAACACAGUCAACUUUGCAACAGAGAGGGUUCACAAUCCAGAUGAUACAGGUGGAGAAGCCCCCUUUAUCCAAGUAAACUACAUGCAACAUCCAGAAGCCAGUAUAAAUUCUGCACCAAAUCUGACCCCCAAUGGAUACUUUCAGAACAAACGCAGACUCAGCAAAACUAGCCACGUAAGCAGCAAGGCAAGGUCUGAUGACUUGUCAGUCUGAAGUGCUUCUAGUGGAGCUAGAGGAAGGGAAGAAGCUGUUACAGCAAAUACCUGCAGUUAAGUUUUUCAAAUCCUGCCAGUCUAAACUCCUGAUCAAUCAGCCAAUUAAUUCACGUUUAGCUGACAUAUUCCAAAAAAGCUUUUUGCAUGGUUUGAAUCCAUCACUGUUCCAAAAGAAGAGCUGUUGCAUUUCAAAACAGCCAAGCGGCUUUGGCAGUUACUUGGGGUUCUUGUACUUGAGGUGAUUAUCUCAUAUCCUGCACUAAGUUGGUAUAAUCAUUGCAACAUCCCCAAGAACCUUGGAAAUUGUAGUCUGGGGACAAUGCUGAGGAGUCUCUGUUCCAAGCCCUUGCACAGAAUUAUAGUUCUCAAGAAUUCUUGACUCAGGAAGGGAGUCAAGUUAUAAUUCUGGAGAAAAACUCAGGGCAUUUCCACAAUCCUCUGUGGGGUUGGCUCCAGGCUAAAUGGAUUUCAUGCUGUAAUCUGUUUUUGUGAAUUGAGUCAGUUUAUUUCUGACUCUACUCAGGUUUAUUUAAAACUAUUGAAAAAAAAUUCUUUUAAACCAUGGAGGUUCUGCAAACUUUCUGGGCAGUCUGUGUUCUCACUGGUGAUAACUAUUGUCUUACCCUUCCCCUCAGG